UCUGCCGAGUUCGCGGUUCGCUGGCCACACUAACACGCGCUUGGACCCAUUGUUAUUUUUUGUUUAGCGCCGGCUUUUUCCCUCCCAAAAAGCCCAACAUGGAUCUGGUGGAGCUGCUGCAGCAGGCCCAGCGCCUGACGAACGAGACCAAGAUGGACACCGAGAUGCCAGGCGUGGAGCGGACCAUGUCCCAGGUGCUGCAGGCCACCCAGGAGCUCCACUCGCGAGUCACCCAGACGGGCACCAACGAUCUGCAGGCCCACAUACUGCUAGGCUCCAAGGGAGUGGACCUGCCCCAGCUGACCCAGAAGCUGGAGACGCUCAGCGCCCGCCAGUCCUUCGAGCCACUCGAUCCCGUCACGGACACCGAUGUUCAGGGCUAUCUGAAGAACGAGCGCGAGAACGCCAUACUGUCCGUCAUCGACGAAACGAACCGAAGUAUCUUUGAGGCCGUGGAGCGGCAAAAGUGGCGCUGCAUCUACGCGGAGUGGGGCGAGGAGAAGGAGUUGCUGCUGAACGCUCUGGUGGGUCCCCACCAGGAGGACUUUCCCGACGUGCAGCGCCAAAUGGUGCCCACGGCCAUGGCCGACGAACCCACUCCGUUCUCCCGCCUGAGUGUCAUCCAGCAGCUGUACGCCAAAGAGAUCUCAGCCUACAAUGUGCUGCAUAUCCAGGGCACUCAGCGCACCAAUUUGGUGUCCACCUUUGCCCAACUGGCCCAGCAGUCCUUCGACGAUUCGCUCGUAGCCGAGAUGUGGAAUGUGCUGGUGUUUAUGGCCGAUGUGACGCCGCUGUCGCGCAACAUCGAUCCCAUCAAGAGUCGCCAGUCGGCGCCGCAGUUCAUCAUUCAGGCACGCACAUACCUAGAGCGCAGAUAUAAGACAUACAUGAACAAGGUUAUCGGGCGGAAUCUGGUGGUGGCCCGGCGGGGCGGCAUUCCCAAUGUCUACAACCUAGUGGGCUCCUAUGUGGGCGUCACUUUUCAGCGGGGGCACUCCCUUUGCGGCCUGCACGAUGUGACCGAUGGCCGGCCGCUGUGGCCGCUGGUUUACUACAGUUUGAGGAGCGGCGAUAUGGGUUCGGCUGUGAGGUAUCUCAGGGAGGCGGGCACCUGCCCCGACCUGCUCAAGCUGAUGACGCUGCAGAAGAUGGGCGACAGGGAUCCCUCGACGGCCAAGCUUGAGGGCCAACUGAAGCUCGAGUACAACAACAAGCUGCAUGUCUGCACAGAUCCCUACAAGAAGGCGGUAUACGUCGUCGUGCUGGCCUGCGAUCCUCACGAUACGCACGUGGAACUGAUGCGCAGCAUCGACGACUUCCUGUGGAUGCAGCUCUCCAUCCUGCGUGGCCAGGACAAGCGUGACUACAACAUCGAGCAACUGACCUACAGCGGCCUGCAGUCCCUCAUCCUGGACAAGUACGGCGAGAACUACUUUAAUGCCCGCGAGAAGACGCCGCUCUACUUCCAGGUGCUGGCCCUCACUGGCCAAUUUGAGGCCGCUAUUGAGUUCCUGGCCCGCACGGAGGCAAAUCGGCCGCACGCUGUCCACAUGGCCAUUGCAUUAAACGAGCUGUGUAUGCUGGGAACACCCAGUUCGGUGAAGCAACCGCUACUGAGCGCAGAGCCCGACGAUCCGUCGCCCAUGAAGCGCCUCAAUCUCGUGCGGCUGAUCGUCAUGUACGCCAAGUGCUUCGAGCAGACGGACACCGAGCAGGCCCUGCAGUAUUACUACCUGCUGCGACACUUCAAAGCCGAGGACGGCACCAACGCGAUGCUCAACUGUGUCAGCGAUCUGCUCGUGGAGAACUGCGACGACCGGAUGCUUGAGCUGGUUUUCGGAGUCGCGGAUGAGUCCAACCCCUUCCGGUUUAAAGGCGGUAUUUUCGACGAAUUCCACACGAUGGACUGCGAUAAGUACUCCCUGGCCGGCAUGGUGGGCGAUGAGCUCUCGAAGCGGAGCAACUACGAGUCGGCCAUCAAGCUCUAUUUCAUCGCCGGCCAGUUGGACAAGGCCUUGCGUCUGGUAUGCUCCCUGCUGUCCCAGGUGGUCCACCAGCCACCGCGACCGGGAAGCAUGCGGGAGCGGCUGGGCGAGGUUACCAAACAAUUGGACGCGGCGCUGGCGGAGCGUAAAACGGAUGUGGAGGCCCAUGUGAUUGUGACCUACACGGUGCUGACACAGGUCAUGGAGUUCUUCGACCUCCAUCACGCUGGCGAAUCACGUUUGGCCUCGGAAAUCCUGACUAACAACCGGCUGAUACCCACCACCUCCUUCGAAGUGGACGAGUGCGUGUCGAACCUGAAGCGCAUGGGUUCGGAGAUCAUCAAGGUGCUGCCCGACAUCCUGCUGGCGGCCAUGGACAUUGUGUACGAGGAGUAUGUGAACCAAAGGGGCUCGAGUGGCUCGGGCUCGGUGUACGGCGACGAAACCAAGAGCGAAAACAAGGAGUCCCUCCUGAGGCAUUUGCGGGGCAGGGCAAAGGCACUGACCAACAUGGCCGCCAGCGUUCCCUACCGCAUGCCAUCGACCACCAACCAGAGGCUCGUCCAACUGGAGAUCCUUAUGCACUAGCACUAGCCGGAUUAUAAACGUAAACCCCUAGCGAUCGCUUCGUUUAAUGUGUGUGUUUUUUUUAGGUUGAUUAAGAUUAAAAUGAACAUUUUUUAUAUAGUGA